AUGAAAUUUAUAGAAUCAUACAAGAAUUGCUUUACAAGAGAAAUGAACAACAAUCUGGCAUUGAAACGAGAAAUGGAUCGAGUGAAAGAGGUAUGCAAGAAACUGGAUAUAAAAAUAGAGAGCAAACCAAAAAAGGUGUAUUUUUGGAAUAGACCUGUUGAAGAAAACGGAUCUAAAUUCAUUAUAGAAAAGGAAUUUAUGGAUAAGCACAUGUGGUUUAGAAAUAAUAGACUGCUAGGCAACAUGAUGAACGAUUAUUACAAGUUAACAUACAUAGAACAACAACUAAUACCAGAAAUAUUACAUCAAAACAUUAAACUUGGUGUAAAAGAAGUUUUAGCAAAUGCAGAAGUGACCAAAAACAUCAAGAGAAUGCGAGAUGAAUUGUUAGAAAGUGUAGAUUGGAAUGAUAAAGAGGUUAUUGUUGAUGAAAUUAGACGCAAAGAAGUCAAAAAUAUUGCGAUCAAGAACCUGAAAAAAACAAUUACAGCAUCUUUUGAAAUAACUAUAGCGGUGUAUGGAAAGAAAAGAAGUGUAAAGCAGAACAAGCACCAUUCCUGUACAAUGGAAUUUACAAAAGAAGAUGGUGUUUGGAAAGCAUCUAAUUUCACUUACACUGAGCUCUAUUAG